AAAAUAUAGAUCAUGAAAUCAGUGACUUCUUACGCGAUGAUUAUAUUGCUAAACAUGUUGAUUCUGAUAAUCCAUAUGAAUUAGAGCAACACUUUAAAUCUCUUACCAAAGAGCUUUGCGAUGUAUGUUUGCCAGCUUUUCGCAACAGGUGUAUUAAGCUCAUUUGCGACGAUAGAUUGGCAUGGAACUCCAAAUACUUGGAUUCAUUAUUUAGAUUGUUUCCCCAAUUAUUUACUGCAGAGCCAGAAAUUGUACAUAUAUUAGAAUUGCUAUCCAAGUCAAAAAGUAUUGAUUUGUUACAUUCAUUUCCAAAUUGGUUAAAAUUCACUUUAGAAUCGAGAGAUAAUAAACAAUUAUUACAAAAAAAAAUUCCUUCUCUUUGUGAAACAUGGUACACAACCAUAACAUCCACUACACAAAAGGGGAAAAAUAACAUUAUAAUAUUCAUGUACCAACAAAUUUCGGCUAUUUCAUUUAUUUUCAAAAAACGACACAACAUUUAUAAACAAUUAACAAAGGUCAUUGAAAAGAGAAUCGCUAAUAUAUCAAUCCAAUGGCUGCUCCAAUCAACAUCACUU